CACACCAGGGCUCUGCAUCUCCUGCCCCCACAACUCCAGGUAUUUGGACCAGGAAAAAAAGGUUUUGACAUCUCCAGGCAGGGAUAAACAUGUCAAUCCUGGGGAGGCUGAGGAGCGGCUCUGCUGCCCUUGGGGCGCUCCUCUCUGCUGCUCUCAUUGUGUCCAUCCACGGUGACUGCGGUGCCCCGCCGCGUUUGGCAUCCGCGGAGCCCCGGCAGCUUCAGGAGGGCACCGAGGGGUUUUCUCCGGGCUCCGUGGUGCACUACGUGUGCCGGCCGGGAUUUGGGAGGAAUCCUCGCACCAGGGAUUCCUUUGUCUGUGCGGACGGGCGAUGGAGCGGACCCAGUGAUAUGUGCAAACCCAGGCCGUGCACCUUCCCCGGGGAGCCGAACAAUGGCAGGCUGGUGCUGCCUGCAUCCUUCACCUUUGGCUCCACUGUGAACUUCACCUGCGACACUGG